AGGUAGUGUUACAGGCCAUGCAGGGAGAGCGUCAAGACAGCAAACCAGGUUUUGCCAUCUUGGUUUCUUUGAAGUCGCCCAGAUCGUCGUCGGUCUCGAAGCUUUUGAGUUGUCGUUUCACCCCGGCGGAGAUGCCCUUAGGAGAGGGCGCGGCAGUGGUGAAAAACCAUGGGCUCGCUCACAGCACGGAAAAGUGGCCGCACCCAAAGGGCUUUGCUGCGGAUGGUCAUUGGUUCUUCAUUCAAAUGGUUCCCGAGAAGGAGGAGAAUCUGCCGGAGAUCCAGUCGCCCAGGCCGUGUCCGCCGGAUUCGCCAGGUCAGUCUGAGACUCCCUCAUUGAAGGUCUUUCGCGACGAUGAGCCCUUGACAACAAAGCCGCCAACCCCUCCAUUCCAGGACGUGCGAUUGGUGCGGUUGGUGGGACAGGGUUCCUUCGGAUGCGUGUACUUCUCUCUUUGGAGCGGUGCAGCUGUCGCAUGCAAGGUCAUCAAAACGGUGAUAACCAAGAAGAAUCAGAAAGAUCUCGAGGAACUCACCGCCAAACCUCACUUCGAGGCCAUUCUCUCUCUGCGGAUCUCGCAUCCAAACUUGGUUCAAACUUUCAAGCAUGGCGAGCGCGCUCUGGAGCUGAAAAAGGCACAGAAGGUCUACGAGACCUGGAUCGUUCAGGAAUGGUGCGAUGGUGGGACCCUGCAAAGCAUUUGUAACGAAGCGCGGAUGGAAGGAAAGCGUCUACUGGAAUCCCUGGAGAUUUUUCUGGAGAUUUCGCGCGCGGGGCAGUACUUGCAUGAGAUUGGCCUGAUUCAUGGAGAUCUCACGAGUAACAACAUCCUACUGAAGUCCAUGCCAAUUUCCAAAGGAUUUAUUUGCAAAGUCUGUGAUUUUGGUCUCUGCAGAAUUCUAGGGGACGACAGCGAGGAAAUCAAAACCAAUUCUCUGGGAACAUUGUCGUACAUGCCGCCCGAAGUCCUGCAAAGCCAAGACCAUUCCUUGACGCGUAAGACUGAUGUGUAUUCCCUGGGAAUGAUCGUUUGGAUAGUGCUCACGGGCAAAGCUCCUUACCCUGGACUCACAGCCCCGCAGGUUGUCAUUCAAGUCUCCAGGGGCAAGAGACCUGUUCUUCCGGAGAAUCUUCCUGAAGAUUUGCUUGCUGCUUUUCGCAGUACCUUGGCGGAGUCUCCGGAAUCGCGUCCAAAUUUCAGUGAGCUGGUGGAUCAGUUUUCAAAGAUGUACAAGGAUUUAGGCGGGAUGGACGAUGAUGAGGCCUUCUUGAUCGAGACGCAGGCUGAAAAAUAUCGUGCUUCGCAAUCUGCCCCCAACACCUUGGACAACAAAACGUGACAACGUGACAGUCCAGAUUUGGUUAUCGUAUCCCGGCGGAGUCCGAGAAUAGCUAAGGUGCUGUCUUUGAGCCGCGGCGCGCCGAGCGUUGUGUGUGUUGACAAGCAACACCUGCUGCGACUUAUGGCGAUGCACCGGCGAUGUUUAUAUAUAGAAUUUGACCGGGGCUGAUAUGGUUUAAAA